GACACUUGACAUUAACUCAAUUUCAUGAAAUCUUUCCAGAACUGCAGUUUACCGUCUCGUUGCUUUUGUGAAGACGAUUUUUUGAAUUAGUACGGAUUCCGAACAAUGUCAUUUGACUGUGACUAGGCGUAAUAAUUAAGACCAAUACCAGCGUUCAACUUUAACAUACCAAUUUGUUUCUUACAAAAAAUGAAUGUAACCGCUUCCUCGACAGUGAACCAAGGAAGAGUUCGUUCGAUGUUAUGUUUUUAGAUCGACCAAUCUCCUCACCAUCAUCGCCCUUAGCAUCCACAUCAUCACUACCAUCAACGAUAUCACCAACUUUACAUUCAAAUAACCCGUCGUCAUCGUCUCCAUCAGCGAGGACAACGACCGAAUCGCCAAUUAAAAGUGUGGAAAGAGACUCUUUACCAAUCGAUGAAAACGGAGUCGAUCGCGAAAGAUCAGAGAGCCAUUUGUGCAAUAUUACGCAUGCGUAUCAUCCCUCAGGAAGAACGAAUCAGAAAGAUGAUAUCGAAAUGAACAUCACUGUAUUGCCAUGGCAACUCAUCAUCACAAAGGCCAACCAUUCAUUGAGUAUUAAGUGGACCGAUACAACUGGAGCCGGGAGGUUAAAAGGAUCGAUCGUCCAGAUAAAUUACAGUUGUUGCUUCCAUGGUGUUCUACUGCCGCCGUGUCUUGUUUUCAAGAUCGCUGGAUCAAGAUAUUAUUCUGUAGCAACCGAUGUUCUCAGGCAAUCAAAAUCAACGCCAUCUACGGCAGGGAAUAGGUUAGGAGCGAUCAGUGGUUCUGGCGAUAGCAUGACGUCAAUUUUCAAUACCUCGGUGACGCCCGGAGGACCAGUCGAAUUUGUGACGAGUAAUAUCACCAAUUCGUCGACGACGGAUGCAAUGUCGGCAUAUGAAGAGCGUCUAGAAGUGAUCGUGACAGGGCUUUGUGUUGGUGUUGCUAUCCUACUCGCAUUCUGGUUAGCCUGCUUUCUGAUAGAGAAACGAUCUCAGUCAAAAUAUAUGAAACGAGGAUCCGAUAAACAGAAUGUAUCACAGACCAGACAAUAUCCACAUGAAGUAGCUACAGUAAGAAAAACACUCAUGGAGAUUUACGACAUGCCAAUGAUACGGGUAGCUCAAUCAGAUGAAGAUGUAUCAGAAAGCGGGUCGGGACAAUCAACAGGCUCACGAGGUCGAAAUCGACUAGAAAGCGAAGGUGACGAACAGAACAGCUCCACGAAUAUUUCGUCAUCCGACCAACCGACCGGUGCCGAUUCAUCUUCGUCGGAGGAUACGCUGCGUAAGAAGGAGACGAAGAAGAAAACGACGUUUGCCGAUCCAAAGGUACAUCUGGAUGUUCCCAAGGAGGGCACACCCGAGAAGUUUGGUCAGUGGCGGCCUGUGGCGAAGACAGGAUUGGGUUCCCCUGGUGAGGUGCGUUCUAACCGCUUUACCUCUACCUCACCACCAGCUCACCCUAAACGAACAUUAGCUGGCGGUAGGUCGCCGUCAAUACUCAAGAAACCAAGUAAUUUUAAUGCAAACAAGUCGCCACCUAGUAUACUACGGUUCUCCCGAGGUCGCAAGAUGCGCGACGAUCCCACAACGAUAGAAAUGAACUCCAUGGGCGAUCACCUGAAUCACGGGUAUUCGUCGCCAAAGAAACAGAUUAAAUUAGUCUCUGCACUCAAGACCUCAGACUCCAGAAAGCAUAAACGAACUCGGUUUAAAAUGGACGAGCCAGAAGACACCAGCAACUGCGCAGGCGCAGGAGCUGAUGCGUCGAUACCAAUGGGGAAUAAUAAAACUUUGCCAAAGCAGUUGGUCACGUGUGAAGUGCAUUUUGAAACCCCUGCUGCCCCAAUACUAAACGGGGAGCUCGAAGCAGAGGAUGAACUGGACGAUGAUGAGGAUGAAGAGGUGACAGAAAGGACUCCACUCAAGAAAAAUGUGAAUUUUGUGGUUGUGGAUAAGGGCCUGGCAAGCAAAUGCAAGUUUAAUCUCAGCUGGGAGGAUACAGACGGAUUACCAUGUACUGAUGUAUGACAUCUCUCUGAUGCACAAUAAUGAAAACCACAGAUGAUUACUGCACAACUCAGUCUCGACGCCCAAACUCGUUUGCUAAUUCAUUUCUUCUAUUUUUGCGAUCUUGCUAUCGUUCUGAUCAUUCUUUUACACUACAAAUAGAAAGGCAUUAUGAUUUGUGAAUUAAUAUUAAUACACAAAAUAGCUUGCUAGAGCAAGAAAAAUCAACUGCACAGUGCUUUGUGAAGAAGAAAUAUAUUUAUUUGAUGAAUAUACUUGUUACUUUAACUACUAUUCCUAUAUUUAAGCUAAAAGAUCUUGACAAGUAUACUGCUUAGAAAUUAGAAUAUGCCUUUUCUAUUGCCUAGAACAAAUUUCCUCGACUAUAUCAAUGCAUUUAGAAGAUUUCCAUCUUCUAAUAAUACUAUAUGAAUUUAUGUUGCGUUGGUGAUGUGAAGGGUGCUAAAUCGCUGGUGCCUAACGUUUCUUAUCAACAUUUUUCAUACAGCAAAUUCAUCGUAAUUAUGAACUGGAUGAUAAAAUAGAAUAAGUCGCGCUGUAUUUUCUUUUUGCUGCCAUGGAAAGCAGAGGCCUAUGAGUCCUGGGUGUGCAUAUAGACCAUUCCAACUGCGUACAUUCUCAAAGCAAUAGACUUUUGAUACGCAAAAAUAACAUAAUACUGAAGGUGUUUGAGCAGGAAAGUAAGUUUGAAAGACUAUUAUCAUGUUUGUGAUAAUGAUGGAAAUUAACAUUAUUAUGACAAAAAUAUAUUGUGUAUGGAUAUAACCUUCUGUUUAGAAUAUGGUUUCAAUUUUUUUACAGAAUUUAAAAUCUUUAAGAAAGAGAUUCUAUUUAGAAGCAAUUACAAAACGACUCAUGUUAUGAGAUUGUUAUUUGCUUCUAAAUAGAAUAUAUUAUAUUGGGUUAUGGGAAAGAAAUAAAGUGCAUUACUGGCUUUCAUGCACUUCAUAUUCACAAUGCUUUGCUGCGGAAUUAUUGGUCAUGUAAAAUGGAAGGGAAAGCUACUCCAAAAAUAUGUAUUUUUCUAUAAACAAAAUUUAAUCUGAUAUGAAAUAAAUACAAUAUAUGAGUCAUAUCCACACAUAGAAGUGAUUUAUGAGAACAUGUGCAAUUAAUAAUUACAAUGAACACAUGAAUGAUUAUAGUCAGUACUUGUAUUUUCUGGUUUGAUAAGAGUGAUUAGAAUAAUUAUGGAUGUAUGCAACAUAUUAUGUAUUAUUGGAAUGUGUGUAGAUACUUUUUUGACAUAUAUACACUAUUAUGCAGAUGAGAUGCGUUUAAUUGCUGAUCAGUUAAUAAUUACAGUAAGGUUUAAAAAGAAAACUAUGAUUAUGAUAGCAACCAAGGCAAAGACGAGAUUAAAGUAUAUAUAAAAAGAAUAUUGUUUAUUUAUAUCAUUUAUACUGUUUUAUACUUAGCAAGAUAAAUACAUCAUUUGAAUGUCACCUGAUGAAACAAACAAAUCUUGUUGAAAAAAUGUAUAAUAGUUGGAAAUAAUAGAACAGGAGCCCAUUUCAUAAAAAAUUACAACUGAGGUAACUUUGCUAUUUAUAUGGUAACUAACAUGGAAACUUUCGAUUGUGCUUGUGUGAUUGGCUGGAGAGUCCUGUUAUUAUGGCAGUUGUCAUAAUGACAAAAAUAGCUAGUUGUAAAUCUUUAUGAAGGGGACCCAGGUCCCGGUUGCACAAAAUUUUCUCUUCCUUUCACUUUGCCUUUCAAUGGUAACUUCCAUGGAAUCUUGCAUUUCCAUUGUCUAAAGAGCUCUUAUAACGUAAGUUACCAUUGAAUAGCUAAGUCAUAAUCAAAACAUCAA